UUUCUGCACGAGGGCGCCCCCUGGCUUUUGGAUGUAGCGGCAUUUCACCGUAAUUCAUUGAGAAGAAUAGCAAGCAAGCAUCAUUGUAAACUGCAUGCGAGCUGCCGUAAAACACCAAAGAAGAAGAAGCAGCAGCAGCAGCAUCAUUGGCCGAUCGAUCGGAGCAUCCCUACAGGGACCAAUUAUACCACAGCACCUCAUCCUUGUCUCCAGCCGUACAACAGGAGAAGAGAAGGUGCAUAUGAUGUUGGAAGCGAGGCCCAGGCGGAUGCUGCGAUGGCCAGACUGGCGUCUAACUGUUUGUCUGCUGCUUUUCUGUAUGCUUGGGUUCACUGUGGGCCGCAAGGCUCCUAAAAUCCCACGGUGUCCAGCGACCUGCUCGUGUACUAAAGACAGUGCCUUCUGCGUGGAUACCAAAGCCAUUCCCAAGAGCUUCCCACCGGGAAUCAUCUCAUUGACUAUGGUGAACGCUGCAUUUACAACGAUUCCUGAAGGAGCUUUUUCACAUAUGCAGCUAUUGCAGUUCUUGCUGUUGAACUCAAACACAUUUUCUUUUAUUUCUGCUGAUGCAUUUGCUGGCCUUGGACACCUGCAGUACCUAUUUAUUGAAAACAAUGACAUCCAAGCUCUGUCCAAGCACACAUUCAGAGGACUAAAAUCUUUGACACAUCUAUCUCUAUCCAAUAACAACCUGCAGUUUCUGCCCAGAGAUCUCUUCAAAUCCCUGGACAUCCUCACAGACUUAGAUCUGCGAGGAAACUCGUUCCGUUGCGAUUGUAAGAUCAAAUGGUUGGUCGACUGGAUGGAGAAGACAAACACCUCGGUUCCAGCCAUAUACUGCGAUAGUCCUUUUGAGUUUCAGGGCAGACGCAUCCACGACCUCACUCCACGUGACUUUAACUGCAUUAGUGCGGAUUUUGCAGUGUAUGAGACAUACUCAUUCCAGUCUUUGUCCGUGGAGUCAUACGAGUUCAACGAUGACCAGUAUGUGGUUUUCGCUCAGCCCAACACUGGAAUCUGUACCGUGUUCAUAUGGGAUCAUGUGGACAUGCUUUUCAAGACACAUUAUAACAUCACAUCUCGCUCUGCUGUCUACUGCAAACCUGUGGUUAUCAACAACACUCUCUACAUGGUUGUCGCCCAGCUCUUUGGAGGAUCCCAUAUCUACAAAUGGGAGGAGGCCCCACUGCGCUUCGUCAAAAUCCAGGAUAUCGACAGCACCCGUGUGCGUAAGCCCAACUUCAUUGAGACUUUCCAGAUCGAAGGAGACUGGUAUUUUGUGGUAGUUGAUAGCUCUAAAGCCGGAUCCACCAGCUUGUACCGCUGGAACAGUAACGGAUUUUACUCGCACCAGUCCCUUCAUCCGUGGCACAGAGACACUCAUAUUGACUUUCUCGAGGUGGAUGGCAAACCUCGUCUCAUACUCUCUAGCUCCUCUCAGCCCCCGGCGGUCUAUCAGUGGAACCAAAACCAACGACAAUUUGUCUACCAGUCCCUCAUCACCGAUUCGGGCGACGUCCAGAUGGUCAAGCACUUCUGGGUGCGAAAAGUCCUAUACCUCUGCCUCACGCGCUUCAUAGGAGACUCGAAGAUCCUGCGCUGGGACAGCCAACGGUUCGUGGAGAUCCAAACCCUGCCGUCACGUGGCUCUAUGGCCGUGUAUCCGUUCAGUGUCGGAGUGAGGCAGUACCUUCUGCUGGGGAGCGAUUAUUCCUUCUCUCGGAUUUAUCUCUGGGACGACCUCACUCAAAGGUUUCAGCCCUUUCAAGAACUGAACAUGCUGGCACCUCGAGGGUUCAGCCUGGUCUCCAUCGACAAUAAGGAUAUUCUGCUUGCCGCCAGUUUUAAGGGAAAAACCAUGGCCUACCAGCAUUUAUUGGUGGACCUCAGUGCCAAGUAGGCUGCUGAUGAUCAUGUGGCUCUCAGGCUAUGUGUGCAUAAAUGCCAAGGAUAGGAAACGUUCUACACUUCAUUCACAUGCAAAUUAGGUCUGUAACACUGUAACAUUGACUAUUGUCAAGCCAUUAUCAACACAAACACAUAAAACUAUAAAAUGAUUAUGCAUUUGGGCCUUAACAAGCAAACAUUUAAUAUCUGCAUUGCUAUAUGUAACUCUUAACACUAUGUGCAUUGCUUAGAAAUUUCAUCUAAAAUGUUUAGACAGAUGCCACACCCAGUGGCGGACGGUGCCUUCUUGGAAAGCUAAAUAUGUGUUCAGGGUGUCAUGUGUGGCUCAUCAUGUCAAAAUAUGUGGGAACCUAUGUGCAUGUCAUGUCAAAAUACGUGCUUGCUGCAUGUGGGUACAUGAUAAAAGAGACGCUCACGUUUCGCAAGACACUCACUUAAAGGAUCUCUGAAAGCCAAU